AUGGUGCCGGGGCUGACGCGGAACCUUCUGCUCUUCCUCCUCUUCCUCGCGCCAGCCUGGGCAGGAGAGCCCCAAACCUCGCAGGUGACCGGAGCCGUGGGCGGGGUGGCGCUUCUGAACCCCCGCAGCCCAAAAAACCCCUUUAGAUAUUCCCAAAUCCAUUGGCGCUGGGAAAACGAGCUGAGAAUCGCCGGCUGCGGACGCGGGGAGCAGCCCCGCUACCCCCAGAGCCGCUUCCGGGGCCGCCUGGAGCUCCUGGAGAACGGCACGCUCCGGAUGGGCCCGCUGGAGCUGGCCGACAGCGGCCAGUACCACCUGUACCUGGAGGAUGACACGGGCAGGGAGAGCAUCGAGAAGGUCCAGCUGAAGGUCUACGACCUGGUCCCGAAGCCCCGCGUGGUGGCCACCACCAACGGUGACCCUCGGCAGUGCAACGCCACCCUGAACUGCUCCGUGGCCCUCCAAGGUGUCACCUACGAGUGGAUCCCACCCCAGAAGCCCCUGAUGAAGGAGGGCCCGGUCCUGAAGGUCUCCUUCAACCCCGCGGUGGAAACCUACGUGUGCAAGGUCAGCAACCCCGUGUCCUCCAGCAACGCCUCGCUGACCUUCCGCCACCCCUGCAGCUGGACAGAUGAGAACUCGUCCGUCGCCUGCGCCACACCCAGCGGCCGCGUGGUCCUGGGAGCCUUCGUCCUCCUCUUCCUCCUGCUCAGCGUGGCCUGAGGGUCCCACGGGUGGCUCCUCCACUCAUCUCCUCCCGUUCCACCACCACGGGGCCGGCGUCCGGACCCAGAUCCCGAAAUCCUCCGGGCACGGAAAACCAAAAUCUGUGGGGAGACCCAAUCCAAGAUCCCGAAAUCCUCCGGGCACGGAAAACCAAAAUCUGCGAGGAGACCCAAUCCAAGAUCCCGAAAUCCUCCGGGCAUGGAAAACCAAAAUCUGCGAGGAGACCCAAUCCAAGAUCCCGAAAUCCUCCGGGCAAGGAAAACCAAAAUCUGUGGGGAGACCCAAUCCAAGAUCCCGAAAUCCUCUGGGCAAGGAAAACCAAAAUCUGUGGGGAGACCCAAUCCGAGCCUGUCCUGGGGUUUCCUGGAAUUUUGGGGGGAUCAUUCUUUUUUUGGGAUGGCCUCGAAGGGCGGGGCCUUUGGCGCUCCCAAAGGUUAAUUUAUACAUUAAAUUCCAUCUGAACACCACA